UCGAUCUUCCAAGUGCAAAACAAUCCUAGCUAUCUCUAGCCUUAAACUUUUGUAAAACUGGUGUUGACAAUCAUCAUAUCAUUCAUAUAUAUAUAUUGAUACCAAAAGUCAUAAUCGACAUGUCGAGUUUAAUUGACAAGGCUAAACACAUGGUUUCGGGUGCAGUGACGGGUAUGGAGAAGCCUGAGGCGAGUGUGAAAGACGUGGAUCUUAAAGGUGUAAGCCUUGGCCACGUCACAUACAACGCUAAGAUCAUCGUUACAAAUCCUUGUGGUGUUUCUAUUCCUAUCUGUGAGAUCCGUUACAUUCUCAAAAGCAACGGCAGCGAGAUUGCAACCGGCACACUCCCUGACCCUGGUUCACUAAAAGGGAACGAUGAUACCUUGCUAGAUGUCGAGAUGAAGGUUCCACACAGUGUCUUGGUAAGCUUAGUGAAGGAUAUUACUAGAGAUUGGGACAUCGAUUACGACCUUCAAGUCGACCUUGUUGUUGAUCUCCCACUCAUUGGCGAGUUUACCAUCCCAAUUAAUAACAAGGGUGAGGUCAAGCUCCCUUCACUUAGCGACUAUUGGAAAUGAAAAUAAGAUCGAGUAGUGAUCCGAUUGAUCGAUCACAUGUAUCAUGUAUGUAUAUACACCUUUCAAGUACUUCAUAAUACUUGAUUUUGAAGGGAUAAUAUGUACUAUGUAUUUGUCCUAUAUUUAAUUUUCCCUCUUGUUUUGUCCUUA